UAGCGACAGCCCCUCAAUUCAAACAUCCCCUCCUCUAUUCUCUUCAAUUCUUUCACGAUGGCAAGUUUUCGGGUUCCAACUCUACGCAACAUUUUUUCCGGGGCAGCCCCGUACCUGCGACCAACACAACGUCGCUGGGCGCAAGUCCAUGAUAUCCGUUUCCUCGCCACAGAUCAAUCUAGUAAAAUCCUCGAGAAAUACAAAGAGAAACUCGCGCAGAAAGCAAAAGAGUACUUCCCCUUUCCAAAAUCCUACGAACUAUGAGGAAGAGUUGGAUUGCUGACUGAGAUUGUAAAUAGGGAGGGGUUACAGGAUAUAACCCAACUCCAAGAACGCUACAAAGACAAAAUCCAAGAGCUCAAAAAGAAAGCAUCAAUUCCUCUUCCAAACCUCACACCACCACCCUCUCCUCCCUUCGAUCCCUCGUCCCCAUUCCCUGCUCCCCCGCCACCUCCGAAACCCCAAGUAGCGGGCAAAACAAACGGAAUAAAAACACUGAAUUCAUACGUCGACGUCGAGAAGUCGUUAGCACUCCCAGUGAAAGAAUUAGAGACCAUCUGGCGACUUCGUCACGCUGCACAUCCACAGACUCUAUGUGCCGUCGUCCCGGUAGAAGCUUGGAAACCGAUCCAGGAGACGGCGAAGAGGUGGCCGACUUUUUUGCUUCCUUUGCCGAAGGGCGUUUUGUCGACACCGGAUACAGCGAAUACACCGGCGAGUACAGCAGCAGGUGGGAGUGCGCCGACUGAAAUUCAUAUCCUGCAAUGGUCGUUUCCGGCCCCUGAUACUGUGACGGUUAUUUUCACACAUCUUGCUGAGUUUAAAUUGAGAGGGGAGUACUCGGAGCCCCAUACCACUGUCACUUUCCAUACGGAGAUGCUGGGUGAGAAAGGGGUCGUAAUGAUGAGGGGUGAAGUGAGGGAAGGACGGGGUGUCAGUGUGGAUGAGAGUAAAUGGCUGGUUAUGUGUUUGCAGAAGUUUUACGGGGUGCAGUCCCAUGAAGGAGGGGGACGGAGGAGGCAGUUGGUGGAGAUGUUUGGGAGGGGAGAUGGGGGAUUUAGUGUUGAGGAGCUGGUGGGUGAGUGUGAGAGGGUUGUUUGAACCAAAAGGAAAAUAAGGGGGUGAGAGAGGAUAUAGGCGAUGUGUAGAUAGGAAAGGAAAGGGGCCCGAAACGGGUUCAGGUAUAAAAGAUGUAUAGAUAUAAUGACAUAAUCCUCCUUCUCAA